GAGCUGAAAUUGAAAUAGGUUUAAGCACAACGCUUUUAUCGUAUCUCUCAAUUAGCUCCGCACUUUCCUCAUGACUAAUACUGAUCCUUCACCUAUUCCCGGCGGCGUUAAACCGUCCACUUCACCUUCUCCGGCGACUUCCUCCUCACGUAUUGGCAACGUCGAUUCCGACUUCGUCGUCAUCCUCGCCGCUCUCCUUUGCGCCCUUAUUUGCGUCCUCGGUCUCGUUGCCGUUGCUCGUUGCGCCUGGAUCCGACGGAUCUCUGCUAGAGCCACCGGAAAUUCAGCCUUUUCAUCACCUCCGGCUAAUAAAGGUUUGAAAAAGAAGGUCCUCAAGUCGCUUCCGAAGCUCAGUUACACAACCGAACAUGCCGCGAAAUUCUCCGAAUGUGCCAUUUGCCUGGCGGAAUUCACCGUCGGAGAUGAGAUUCGAGUGCUGCCGCAGUGCGGCCAUGGAUUUCAUGUUGGAUGUAUCGAUACCUGGUUAGGCUCGCAUUCGUCGUGUCCGUCUUGCCGGCAGAUCCUGGUAGUAACGAGAUGCCAUAAGUGCGGCGAGUUGCCGGUGGCGAGCUCGUCGUCGGCCACCGGAGUUGUGCCGGAAAGCCGAUUACCGAGAAAUUAUCACGUAAAUGCAUUUCUACCUUAAAAAAUUGGGUAAUUUAGUAGAUUAGGCUGUAUGUAUAUAUUAUGGAUGUAAACGUGUAUAUUCAUCCAGCCCUACUAUAUUAAUUAGGGUUACAGAAAUUUAGUGUUUGAAUUUGUGACAUAUUACUGUUUCAAUUAGUGUGAAUUGGUCAUUUCAUUAACAAAUGAUUUAUCCAAGGAGCUUUCAUUA